CAGACGUCUUCAUAUUUCAGGCGUCAGGCUGAGCCUGACGCACCGCCUCUCGUUCCCCACCGCCUCCCCGCCUCCAGCCGCCGAGGGUCUCCGCCGCCGCCGCCCUCGCAUCCUUGCUCCCCCGUUCCCCCCACCCGGCACCGGCGCCGCCCCCGGCGACACUUCGCGGUUUCUUCACCCGGUCGCCCCGCUCAGGUCUCUCCCGCGUUCUAGGGUUAGCCCUCCUCUGUUCUGGGGUUUGGCUCGCCUUGCCGCGCCGCCCUUGUCUCGCCGGCAUCCCCGCACCGCCGAAGGAGCCUCGACCGCGGCCGCCCACCCUCGGCUAGUGUGCACCGCCUUCCCUAAUUACCCGAGCAGCGCCUCGUAGUCGCACGCUCCCGCAUCUGACGGGCGCUCCUUGUUUCGCCGAAUCGCGGCCAGUCCCGCGAUGGCGGCGAUGGGGCAGGAGGGGGACGACGUCGACCACUACGAGGUGCUCUGCCUGCCGUCCGGCGAGGAAGGCGCGGCGCUGAGCGUCGAGCAGAUCGAGAAGGCCUACCGGACGCAGUCGCGGCUCCGGCACCCCGACAAGCGCCCCGACGACCCCAACGCCACCGCUGACUUCCAGAGCCUCGCCAGCUCAUACAAGUUCCUCCGGGACGAGUCCCUCCGCCGUCAGUUUGACGUCCGCCUCCGUGGCCGCCGCGAGGCCGCAGCCCGCGCCGCGGCCACCGGGGUCAAGCGGCGGAAGGCCGUGUCCGACCUAGAGGAGCGCGAGCGCGCCUUCGCCGCCGGCGGAGGCCCCGCCGUCGACCCCGUCGAGCUGGCCAGGCGAGAGGAUAAGCGGAAGGCUGCCGACGUCAAGCGCGAACUCGACGAGUUCUUCGCUGCCAAGAAGUCAGGCGUCUCUGGCUCUGCUUCGACUCCGGCACAUGGAGAUAAGAAGGGUGCAACUCCAGAGAACGGACCAAAAACGGACAAGGGUAAGAUCUUGAAGGUUUCUUGGGAAGGGGGUGCAGAUUACUACACUGCAGCAAAGCUUGAUGAGAUAUUUAAGCAAUUCGGCACGGUUGAAGACAUUGUGAUCAAGACUAGGAAAUCAAAGAGCAAGGGUUCAGCAAUUGUUGUCAUGGCUUCCAAGGAGGCGGCACAAACUGCACUGAAGAACCAUUCUGUGUACAAUGUUUUCCCUGUCCCAUUGAUUGUUGCUUCUGUUCAAGAAUCGGGAGGGCUACCGGCAAGGUCAACUCAAACACCUGAACCGAGGACAAGCAACAUUGAUGGAACCGGGUUCAGCGAUUUGGAAGCAUCGGUAUUCCGAAAACUUCAAGAGGCCCAGAAAAGGAAGAAAUCUGGAUAAUUGAUGCUCCUCGAGGCAUGAGGUACCGCAAGUUACAGAGGACAUUUCCCUUCGCUACAGCUGAGGAUCAUCGGGGCAAUCCAGAACAAUCUUCUAGUAUCGUUACUGUUAUUUUUUGAUGGGUAUUUUGCAUCUUAGAUACAGUAGUAGAACAAAGUUUUUGCUAGGAGAGGUGAAAGGGAAACGGAGCCAUUCCAUAUCCAUACUUGUGCUUUCGAUCGCACACUUGUGCUGGUGAAAGGGAGUAUUUUCCUAGCCCACUGAAAGGCGAACAAGUAUUACCUCCGUACUGACACAGAGGUAGUACUAAAUUACUAUCGAUUUUUGGUUGAUAUAGAUAUGCUGAUGGAAGGCAAGUCCAUAAUAAUUUGUUUACAUGAUUGA